AUGCCCGGAGAUGGCAAUGGCAUACCUUUCAGCUUUGAGUUUCUUGUGCGGCCUGAAGGCUUCCUCUCCACAUGCACUUUCUUAGCGAAACGUGUGCGAUCUGUAAAACCGUCGAUCGAACUGUCUGAUAACUUUGCAAGAACCAAAAAGGUUGGCCACGUCCUUUGCCAAACGGUGACGCUGUUGGCAGGGAUCUUCAAUCUCGCUACCGGCAAGAUCCAUACCGGCCGACAUUUAGCCGACAAGGAGAAAAGAUCAAUUGCUAGUGACAUUCUGUUCGACGACGAGUCACAACGCAGCAGCGACAUGCCUAUUUCCCUCUCACUACGACCACCUUCCAAUCUCUCCUUCCUCUUCCCUUCAUUCUCAAGCUUGGUACCAUAUGUUUCCCGAAGAAACGAAUCCUCCGCGCGCCGAACAACCAAACGCCUCAGAACGAAACCCGACCCAUCAUUCACCUCCUCAAUCCCUCCGUCCCAAGUCAACGACCACAUCGUCUUCAAUCCACCGUCCUCCGCUCCAUCUCCCUACCAUACUCCUCCAGUCUUCCUCCCAGUCAAUGACCCGCGCCGGACCCUCCUCGCUCAAUCCCAUCAGCAUGCCAACCCCUACGACCAACCUAAUAAGCGAUUACCACCAAUCGUCCACAAGCAUAAACCGUACGAGAAGAAGUACCACCUCCGGGAGAAGGAGAUUGAGGAGAUAAGAAGGUUGAGAAGUGAAGAUCCGUAUAAGUGGACACGGGCGAAGUUGGCGGAGAAAUUUGAGUGCAGUCAGUUCUUCGUGGGUAUGGUUGCGGAGGCGCCUUCAGAGAAGAAGGCGGCGGAGCAAAGAAUGAUAGAAGAGAUUCAGGAAAAGUGGGGUAGGAGAAGGAGGUAUGCGAGGGAGGAUAGGGGCAAGAGGAGGGAGUUGUGGGGCAAGGAUUUGUAG